AUGCUUUCAAGUAGCGAGAACAACUAAUUUUACAACGAACAAAAAUCUAGAUAAAGCGUGUAAAAUACGCGACAAAUAGCACUAAACAGUGCGGAAACGUUGCACUUCUCAAACAAAAACAGUCGCCCUUAGUUACGUAAACAAGCAUUCAUUGCAUAUGAUUAUGGUAUUCAUCGCAUUUUAGCUAGCAAAAUGCACAACGUGUGCCGAGCGAUACCAGUGCGAAUGAGUAAUGUGUUGCUCGUUCAGGAAUAGGUACAAUAUUUUUAUUAUAUCAGUCCAACUGUUGUGGCACCUAGACAUAAAGGUCAAAUAGUAUUGCAUUUAUAUUGAUACAGAAAUUGGUUCGUUUGCGUGUUUAUACACGGGAAAAAAAAAUUUGUAAAUCUGAAGACCUUUGAAAAAUAAAUUUUUGGUUGCAAGUGUGUUCGUGCAUACCGCAUUUACAAUAAGAAUUACGUUCUGUGAGUAAAUUUAAAAAUCCAAAUCAAUUAAUCAAUUAGUGAAAUCAAUGAAUUCAAUGAACCGUACACACUAACGACAGAUAAUAAACAAGAGUACCGAACCGUGUGUGGUCAGGUGUUGGUUUGUGUUAAGAUGUUAACAGCUUUACUUUGACUCUACAUACAGUAUUAAUAGUGGAAAUUCGCAAUGAAUAAUUUACUUUUGAUUGCUAUUCUUGGAUCAGUCAUUGAAUUUGGUCAUGGAACACUUAUACCGAUUGCACCUGGCAGUCCGUUAGCGGGACGAAAAUGGCCUCCAGGAUCAGUCUGGCCGUUACCAUUUGCACAAGUAACAACCGAAAAACAACUAACAUUCGAUCCUCAAUCGUUUAAAUUUGCAACCGUGCUGUCUACAGACAUAUCCAACUGCGAUCCAUUGGAAUUUGCAAUUGCGAAAUACAACAAUCAAUUCUUAUUUAGAACGGUUGAAGGAAUAACACCAAUUCCUGAUCCGAAUUUUAAAAUAAUUUCUGUAGUAAAUGUGAACAUAACUGGUGGAGUCACUGGUGAAAACGAAUGUUUAAAUUAUCCCAGACUGAGCGACAAUCCGUCAGUAUACGAAAGUUACAAUCUAACUAUCGAAGAGGAAGGAGUUGGUACCAUAGUAGCCGAAACGGUAUGGGGUGCGCUCAGAGGCAUUGAAACCUUUUCUCAACUAAUUUGGAACAAUGACGGCUACGACGCUGAUAAAGGGCCACUGUACUUUUACAUAAAUGCUACAAGCAUCAACGACUUCCCAAGAUUUUCCCACCGAGGUUUCAUGAUAGAUUCGGCGAGACAUUAUCAGCUAGAAAGCACUUUUUAUACUAUUAUGGACGGUAUGAUGUACAAUAAGUUGAAUGUUCUGCACUGGCACAUAACGGACGAUCAGAGUUUUCCAUUCGUUAGUACGACAUAUCCUGAAUUAUCAGCAAAGGGAGCAUAUUCAUCGAAACACAUCUAUAGUCCGGCUGCGGUCCAACGGGUCAUUGAAGCAGGACGCUUGAGAGGAAUCAGAGUAAUUCUCGAAUUGGAUACUCCAGGUCACACAUUUGCAAUGGGAAAAUCCUAUCCAGAGUUACUAACUCCUUGCUACGGUGUUCCCGGAGAACCUGGAACAGCACUACCGGGUGUACAUGCUGACAGAGAGAAUCUGGAUCCAACGAAAGAGUUUACGUACACAUUCAUGCGGGGACUGUUUACGGAAAUCGUUCAAAAUGUAUCAAAAGAUUCGUUUGUACAUUUGGGAAUGGAUGAGGUUUAUCCACCAUGCUGGCAAAGUUCUCCUGAAAUCGCAGCAUUUAUGCAGGCGAACAAUUACACAAGCAUCCACCAAGUGGAAGAACAUUACGCUACUAGGCAUAUCGAUAUGGUGAAAAGUUUAGGUGCUACUCCGAUCUCAUGGCAAGAUCCGUUAGACCAGGGAGUUGAGUUGAGUAAAGACGUAGUGAUUCAUAUGUGGAAAGAUUGGGGAGGAAGUUGGCAAUCGCAGCUUCAGAAUGUUCUCAAUAAAGGCUACAAAGCCAUUCUAUCUUCGCCUUGGUAUCUUAACUACAUAAACUAUGGUGAAUCAUGGAGAGGUUAUUAUACGGCUGAUCCAAUUCUAGGUCUUCCGGAUAUUACUCCCGAACAACAAAAAAAUAUCCUCGGCGGAGAAGCCUGUAUUUGGGCAGAAUUUGUGGACAAAACGAAUUAUGUACCACGACUGUUACCGUUCGUUGGCGCUAUCGCCGAGAGAUUGUGGUCAUCAAACAUUCCCAUCGAUGAUACGGCAGUGGUAGAUGCUCGAGACCGAUUGGAUCAGUUCCGUUGUAAACUAGUUCAACGAGGAAUCAAUGCCCAACCACUACUACCCGGAUUUUGUGGAUCAUGGGAAGCAUACGAAACCGAAAACCGAUUUUCAUCAGCAGCGACAGCUAAUUACAUUAUUGUGCCAUUUGUGGGUGUACUUCUAGUAAUUGUUUCGAUAAUUUUGUGAAAUAUACGAUAAAACCGGAA